UCUUCAUUCAUGAAGUGAAACUGUUGUCGAGGCUCCGCUGCACUCUCCGUGUCCGGGAUGGAGGCUGUGGCUCUUUUCUCUUUCGCAGCAUCAGAAGCAGACGAGCUCAGUUUUCAGAAAGGAGACAUCAUCAAGGUGACAGAAAUGGAGGAUGAUUCUUGCUGGGUCACAGCAGAGAUCCAGGGCAAACGAGGCUAUGUGCCCGGGAACUACAUUUCCCUCCUUCCACACCUGUGGUUCGCAGGACCGGUGUCGAGACUCGAGGCUGAACAGCGUCUGCGUUGGCAGGACACUGGAGUGUUCCUGGUGAGGGAGAGUGAAUCAGCUCCUGGAGAGUUCUCCCUCUCUGUCAGUUAUGGUGACAGGGUGGAGCAUUUCCGUGUCCUGGAGGGGAACGGUCAGUACUGCAUCUGGGAAGAGUCGUUUUGUUCCCUCAACCAGUUGGUGGAUUUCUACAGAACACACAGCAUCGCUGUGGAGAAAGUGGUCUGCCUCAAAGAUCCUCCCUCAUCCCCUCAACUGUUGUCACAUUUCGCGCAUAACCCCUAUCCUAACCCUUAUAAAAGCAGCUCUCAGGAGUCGAUCCCCUCAGCCCGCCUCUACUCUCACCCCUCUCACCCCUCUCGCCCAGAGGGAAAGACACCAUCGCGUCUGCUGAAACCAGUUGUGGAGAAGCCUCGGCUGGCUCACGCCCUGUGCGACUACACUCCCCCUCACACCGCCCACCUCCACUUCCUGCGCGGUGACAUCAUCGACCUGCUGGACUGCUCGAGCUCCUUCAGUUGGAGGGGGCGCUGCCGAGGCCGAGUUGGGGUCUUUCCGCCAGAAUGCGUCCAGCCGCUGUACCACUGACGCCAUAUCAGACCUUCAGGGUCGUGGCUGCAUUGCUGACACUUAUCAGUCAGGCUGUAGUGACUCACCUUACUUAUCCAGUGAUGCAAACACUGAACGAUUAGUCAAAUAAGACUGACUGAGCAGUUUUAAUUACUAAUUAAAGACCCUUUUCCUAUCAUCUUCUCACUAUGAGCUCUAAAUGAUGGGCCCUGUGUAUAUGAUAGCGACUUGUCAAUCACAAGGUGUGCCCACCCCCAAUCAUAUCACCUAUUUUACUACAAAUGGGACCAUGACCAUGACUAAAUGAACAUUAUGCUGUAGGUCAGUAAGAGUUGAAACCAGCGACUGAGACCAUACAUCCAGAGAGCAGUAGAGUCAUGUUCUCAUGCACUUCUACUGUGUUGAUUCUGCUGGCCAUAAGAAAGAAUGCAGGUUUAAGGCACCUCAUGAACAGGUUUCAUUUUUCAUAACCCGAGGUUAUGUCCUUCUUUUAUAUGCAGUCUGUGGCUGAAUACAUUUGGAAAGGAAGAGAUGUCACAUGCUUACUCAUGCAAAAUCACAAUAGAAACACACCCAAACUGUCCUGAUUACCCUUUGGCUGUUAAACUCUACCAAAUACUUAGGGGUAUUAGUGGGUUUGUGUCCAUUUAGUCAUAAAGAAAUGAGCCUACAGCCUUUAGAGGCAAGUUGGAGGACUUCAGUGCAAAAUCAAUACAUCUUUCAGGCUUUUGGGGGUUUUAAAACUGUAUGUCAUUUCAAGUCAUAAAGACAAAUAACAAAAUAUGUUGCUGGCUCCCACCUCACAAAUCUGAGGAUCUGUGGCUUUCCGUGUCUUACAUUGUUAUCAUUUCCUGAAAAUCUUUGUCUGCUAAUCAGUAAAUUAUUUACGUACCUAAAGUUGGGUGUGCUUCAUAUUUUUAGGGAAUUUUACAGACUCAUCGGUGCAUCUAAUAAUAACUUGCAGAUAAUUUGAUAAUAGAAUUGUUUCAGCCUUAGAAGGAACCUGUGCCAUCUCUUCUGAGUCUUUCUGAACAGCUUCUACUGAAAAUAUGAAGUGAAAGCGAAAUUUAACUUCAUGUUUGCUUUGUGUUGCCAUCCUGUCUUUGCUUCUACCCCCCACCACACAAGUAGUAAUUGCACAUAAACUGCACAGAAGCCAA